AAAGUGUGGUCAGCCGGGCUCGAGAUUCAAAGAAACGCUUUCCGAUGACUCACGAAUGGUUUAUUUGGAAUUUUUGUGAUAAGACUCAUCGAGACUGCGACAUUUUGCAACAGUGAACAAAGAUACUGUGAUUCCUCCAAUUUUGCGCUGAUCUUCCUGAUCAAUUGGCGUGUUUGUGUGGUGUGUGGUGCGUGAGUGGAACAAUGGCAGGUAUAGAAACAUCCUCAACACCCGAAUGGGUUUUGAAGUUGGAGAAGAAACGUGAAGAAGUAUUUAAGGGCAGACGACUUGGACAUGAGAGUGGCUUUGGAGCUCCCUGUAUUGUCUGUGGAUCAGGAUGUCCGGGUUUGGAUUUGCAUUUUUGGCGAAAAGUUUGUCGCAACUGUCGCUGUCGAAAAGAUCAGCACGAGUGUACAGAUGAUGAUCUAUCGGGAUGGGCUCAAUUCGAGCUACUGGGCCAGCAGAGAUCACAGCCGGCUUUCAUAAAAAUCAAGAAGAUUGACGAGAAACCCGUGAAAGUUGAAUGGGUACCACCAGAUGUGACACCGGAUGUCGCUUCGGAUUAUAUGAAUGAAUUGGGAUCGCAGAAUAUUCCAGUGGAGGGCAGUGAGGCUGCUCUUAAGCGGAAGCAGCAGCUUGAGUAUCAGGUGCCUCCACAUGAUUUGGAUCCCACUUUGUGCCAUAAUUUAACGGAAAAUGAAACUGCGCAACUGCAGCAGUAUUUGGAGAAAAUUAAGGAGAAAUGUGGCCAGGGGAAUGUGAUUCGUGUGGCUGGUGGGAAUCCCCCACAAUUGAGCUAUAUUGAGGAAGUUUUUCCCACUGCAACGCCUAUAAAUGAGACAAUUGUUAAGGACAGAAUGCUGACGUAUGUCUUGAAAUCUGACACGAUAAAGGGAGUGCUUCAGACACCGGCAACAGCCCUGAAGAAAGGAGCAAAAAUUGUAUCUGAAUGUCGCCCAAUGACGCCGGAUUUCAUGGAGAGUCCACUGCUGAGCGACAAGAAUCGAUACAAGCUCAAACAAUUGAAACUCAAUUCACAGGCUCUGCAGAGCGGAGUUCUCAAUGGCACUACUUACGAUAACUUAUUCAAGGAACUCCAGGAGAGGGAAAUUGACUGCAGCGAGGAUAAUCUUCUGGGUCCAUUGGAGAACUUCCGCAGAGAAUAUCGACAGAAUGAUCGCCUAAAGACAGACGUGGAUAAUUUCGUGAGUAGUUUGGGGAAUGAAUUUCUGGAUUCUUAUCAAUUGGAUGAGGAUACUGUAAAACUGACCGAUGAGACGGGAGCUGAACUUAAGGAGAUUCUCCCCAAAGUAUCUGGAGAUGAUUUCAAUUCUCCACUUCCCAUUCGUCCCUUUGCCCAAAUGAAAUUGGGUAAAAUAGCUCAGCAGGAUACUCCCGUGAGGAAGCUGAAAUUUGGAAAGGAUUCCAAAUCUUCAGACUUUCCCAUUUAUGCUCUCACUAGCUACGAUAAACUCCUACCUGCUAUCAUGCAGAAUCCUCAAGUUCAGAACAUCCUGGCGAGCCCUACUCACCCCAUGGGAAGUGAUCUGGUGGCCAAUACUGUUCCCCUUUUUCCUGACUUCAAAAAUGGCCAAAUGAGUGCCUCAACUGAGCAGAAGCUUACGAAUCUCGGCCUAGAUGCCGCCACCGUGAGAAGUGGUGUGGUCAAUGGCCCACAGUACGAUGACCUCUUUAGGAAUUUGAGAAAGAAAAAGGUCCGUUUUGGUGAAGACACAAUCCUGGGUCCAAUGGAAGCCUUUAGAGAUGAAUAUCUGGACAAUAAUGCCUUCCGCGAUGAUGUCAACAAUUUCACCCUAGCCACAGCCAAUCAGAUGAUGGAUCAUCCAACUAACAAUCCCUUCUUGCUGGGACUUAUUCCCUCCCAGAGCAGUGAUUCGGGUUUCGGAUCUGUACCACCAACUCCAAAUCACUCAAAUCUACCCAUCCAGGAUAUCUCCGAGGAGACAGAUGUGCGAGUUCCAGUGAUGAAGUGCAAACAAUGUUUCCUGGACAUUUGUGCCGGAGAUGUGGCCGUUAAGGCUGAAAGGGCGGGUAAAUCUGUGGCUUGGCAUCCGAAAUGCUUCGUCUGUCACAAGUGUCAGGAGCUCCUGGCGGAUCUUGUGUACUUCUUCCAUGGCGGAAAUGUCUUCUGUGCUCGGGAUCUUGCCAUUAUUCUCAAUAUCCCUCGGUGUUCAGCCUGCGACGAACUCAUCUUUAUGAAGGAAUACACCGUGGCAGAAGGCCAAACAUUCCACGUUCGUCAUUUUUGCUGCUUAAAAUGUGAUCUGCCCCUCGCUGGCCACAAAUACGUUCCCGAUGACACAACGGGAAUGCCCCUGUGUCUCGAUUGCUUCUGCAAAGAUGCCCAAAAGUGCUCAAAGUGCCAAAAGACCAUCGGACCGGCAGAACAGGGAGUGUCAUGGGGAAAAAUUCACUGGCACAGCACCUGUUUUGCCUGUGCUGGUGUAUCGUGCGGAAAAUCUCUCAUUGGCCAGCGAUUCUGUGUGAAGAACGACAUUCCAUUCUGUAGUCCAGCAUGUGUUAAAAGUAUUAUUUUCUAAGAUGUAAUCGAAGAAAUUUUUGGUGCCAAUUUAAGAACAAUUACAAUAAUGUAAGAUCAUCUGAAAAGCAUAUUCCUAUAAUUUUUCCAUUCGUCAAUUCCUAAUCAGACUUUAAUUUUAGCGUGCUAAACAUCCUUGAGUUUCCUACUAUGUGGCAUUUAGAAAUUAAUUAGGUUUAUUGAAUAAACAAAAAUUUAACAAUUUUUUUUAUCACUUAAAAAUGUUCAAUAAAAAUAUUUUAUCAAAAA